AUGGCUAGGAUUAAUGGGAUUCAACGGGCCUUAUCUGUGAGACCUUCUACAUUCCUUGUUAAUCUGGAGAAUGAGCUUCUCAAAGAUCUAGAUAAUGUGUUGAGUCAAGAAGAAGAGUUGUGGGCUUUAAAAUCCCGGGUUAAUUGGAUGAUACAAGGUGACCGUAACACUACCUUUUAUCAUGUUUCCACCCUUGUUAGAAGAAAAAGGAAUCAAAUUUUAGCUAUCAAGGACUCUAUGGGGGAAUGGGUUCUUGAGGAGAGUGAUGUAAAGACGGUUGUUAGAAGCGGGUUCAAUGGUAUUUAUACUUCCUCUUUUGACUCAGCUUCUCGGGCUGCUCCUGUCAUCUCCCAGUGGCAAGCUAGCCUAUCUAAUGAAGAUAGGGAGAGUAUUGGUGGGGCUGCUUCUGUGGAAGAGAUAAAAGCAGCCCUGUGGUCUUUGAAAGCCUUCAAAGCCCCUGGGCCGGAUGGUUUGCAUGCAGGAUUCUUUCACAGAUUUUGGCUGAUUGUGGGUGAUUCAGUGAUUGAUGUAGUGAAGAAGGUUUUUGCGGAAAGGGCUGUCCCGGAAUACUUAAAUAGAACCCUUAUUGCCUUGAUUCCGAAGAUUCAAAGUCCUAAAACUUUGAAUAACUAUAGGCCUAUUAGUCUAUGCAACACAGUGUAUAAGAUUAUUACUAAGAUUAUUGUUGCUAGACUUAGACCCUAUUUGGACAAGCUUAUCUCUCCUCUUCAAACAGCUUUUGUCCCGGGAAGGAAAGGCAUUGAUAAUGUGAUUAUAGUGCAGGAAAUCAUUCAUACUCUCAGUAGAAAGAAAGGGAAUGUGGGGUACAUGACUAUUAAGAUCGAUCUUGAAAAGGCAUAUGAUAAACUUGAGUGGAGCUUCAUUAGGGACAUGCUCAUUAGGGCAAAUAUUCCAGCUGACCUAAUUGACAUUAUUAUGAGUUGCAUAUCCACGGUAUCGACUUCUAUUUUGUUUAAUGGGGAAGCUCUGGAUCCGAUCUAUCCUACGAGAGGCAUAAGGAAGGGAGAUCCCCUAUCUCCGUACUUAUUCAUUCUUUGUAUGGAGUUUCUUGGGCAUCUCAUUGAAGAGAAAUGUACUGCUAAGGUUUGGCAGCCCGUAAAGGCCUCGUGUGGUGGGCCGGCUUUCUCUCAUUUAUUUUUUGCAGACGAUUUAGUGCUCUUUGCCAAAGCUGAUCACAUUAAUUGCUCGGCUGUGAGAGACGUCAUUGAUGAGUUCUGUAGUGCUUCGGGUCAAUCAGUGAGUGCCGCUAAGUCUAGAGUCUAUUUCUCGCCUAAUGUGGAUAGGGAUUCUAGGGAGUCUUUUUGUGAUAUUCUUGGGUUCGCCUCAACUCCUUCUCUUGGCAAGUACCUUGGAAUUCCUAUUAAGCACCCCGGAUCUUCCCCUCAAGAAUUUAACUUCAUUCUUGAUAGGGUUAAAAAUAAGUUAGCGGGAUGGAAAGCUAACUUGCUAUCCUUGGCUGGGAGGGCAGUCCUUAUUCAAGCUUCUUCAGCGGCUAUCCCUGCAUAUGUCAUGCAAUGUACUCACAUUCCGAACAAAGUAUUAGAGGGAGUUGAUCGGUCUGCUAAGGGCAGAAACACUGCUUUACUGGCCAAGCUUAACUGGAGGUUGCAUGUUGAAAAAGAAGCAUUAUGGGCCCAAGUUCUUAGGAAAAAGUACUGCAACCAGAGGAGGACCAGCUCUGCUAAUGCAGAUAGACUGCCAUGUUCGCAAAUUUGGAAAGCUGUUAAGAUAGGGAGGAGUACUUUCAAUGAGGGUAGCAUGUGGACGGUUGGAAGGGAUAGCAAUCUCAGUUUUUGGUGGGACAAUUGGACGGGUAAGGGACCCCUCCGCUGUAUGAUACAAGGUCCUCUAACCCAAGGAGCUAAUCAAUGGAAGGUAUGUGAUUUACUUGCAGAUUUUAGUUGGGAUUGGGGGCGGAUUCCUUUUGAUCUCCCUGCCAAGGUAAAGGCCAUAAUCCAAGCCAUUCCCAUCCCUAUUGCGAGUAGAGGUCAAGAUAGGCUUGCUUGGGCAGGAAAUCCAAGGGGCACUUUCGAUCUUCGGAGUGCCUAUUCAAUUGCCACGGCUGAUGUAGAUACUCCUCUGUUCAGUUCUGGCUGGAUUUGGAAGCUUGAAACGCUGCCUAAGAUCAAAACUUUCCUUUGGAUGUGCCAUCAUAAUAGCAUAGGUGUUAGGAGCUGCCUUGCUAAGAGAGGGGUGACAAUUGAAGACUUAUGUCCAAUCUGCAAAAGGGUUCCGGAAUCAAUUAUUCAUGCCACUAGAGAUUGUGAGUGGGUUAAGGGAAUCUGGAUGCAGCUUGGUGUGAGUGCUUCUAACCGGGAUUUUUGGAUGAGUAAUCUUCAAGAUUGGAUCAACCUUAAUGGGAGAACCAAUUGUAGCCGUGCCCAAGAGAAACCCCCUUGGAAAAUUACUUUUUCUUUUGCUAUGUGGUGCUUAUGGAAAAACCGGAACAUGGUUGUCUUUCAUGGGAAAAGGGUGAACCAAAAUCUGCCUAAAGAGAUAAUGGACCAAGUAUUAGAGUUUAUCUACUGUGUGCAGUCUCCCAGGAGUCCAAAUCACAAAAUCAGUAGAAAUCUUCGCUGGGAAAGGCCUCCAACGGGCUGGAAGAAGCUUAACACAGAUGGAUCUCGCUUGGGAGGGUCGGAUAGAGCUGGAUGUGGUGGCCUAGUAAGGGAUGAGCAUGGAGAAUGGGUUGCGGGCUUCACAAGACACAUUGGCUCUACGAGUAGCUUCAUAGCUGAAUUAUGGGGGCUGAGAGAGGGUCUUUUACUUUGCUGCAAUUUAAACAUUGAAUCCCUUAUGGUUGAAUUGGAUGCUCAAGCUGUGGUGGAUGUUUUGAAGAACAAUGCCUAUGAGAAUAAUGUUGUUUCUCCCAUUUUGGAUGAUUGUAGACUCUUGGCAGCUCGGUUUCAUCAGAUUCAGUUUAAGCACUGUUACCGUCAAGUCAACCGUUGUGCGGAUUUGCUUGCUAAAAUGGGUGCUGCUCAGGAGCUUGAUUUUAUUUCCUUUGUAAGUCCACCUGUGGACAUUUGCAAUGCCUUUGAGGAUGACUUGAAUGGUGUUUAUUGUAAUAGGAUGUGUUCUGUUACUGCUGGAUGUAAGGGAACAUUGAUUGCAUACAUUAGGAAUCUAAAAUUGGCUGAUAGUAGUGGAAGAUAUUGGGCAUUGCAACAGAGAAGCGCAAUCAAUUCGUUAAUUGCAGACGAAUCUCUCAAAUCAGUUCCUCUCUGUGUUGCUUUGCUUGCUUCGGUUUUCAAGUGUAAGAACGAGCUCAAGCUUCGUGUUCAGGAGCAUUUUGCUUCAGUUCUUGAAACUUUUCAGACUCGGUUUUCGGUGAAUUUUGACUCUGGUUUUGUUAGCGGUUAG